AUGGCCCGGCGAGCGCUUCUUUCUCUGUUUCCCCCAUUCUCAAUCUGUCUGUCUACCUCUAGCUGCCGCUACCCCUUCCUGCACUCUUAUGUGGAGCGAGCGGUAGCAGCAGCAGUGCUUUGGUUAGAUCGCGUACAACCACCCUCGAAGAAUCGGUCCAACUCUAGCAGCGAGGCUGUUCAGCAUUGCAAAUCA